AUGCCAGCUUCUUCCAUCUUCAGUCUACAUAAAGCAAUCAAGCCAGCAUUAACGGCUCGUACGAGAUCCAUCUGCCAGUGCGCCCACAUCAGCAAGCCCUCUUUAUACAGAAACCUCCGCUCCUCAUUCAGCACCAUGUCUCCACUGGCCCCCUACGCCGAACAGCACAAGAAUAUCACCGGUCCCGGAGACGCCCGUCCCACGGCCAUUCAAAUCGUUCAAGACCAAGGCCUCGUCGGAAAAUGGGCCGGCAAGGUCGCCAUCGUCACGGGCUGCUCCCCCGGCGGCCUUGGUCCUGAGACCGCCAGAGCCCUUCAUGUCACCGGCGCCGACGUCUACAUCACCGUCCGCGACGUUGCCAAGGGCGAGGAAGUUGCCAAGGAUAUCCUCUCCGACGGCAAGCCCGGCAAGGUCCAGGUCAUCAAGCUGGACCUCGGAUCCCUCGAGAGCGUCAGGCAGGGUGUCAAGGAGUUUCUGAGCAAGUCCGACAAGUUGAACGUGCUCAUCAACAAUGCUGGUGUUAUGGCCUGUCCCAAGGCCAAGACCGUCGAUGGGUUCGAAAGCCAGUUCGGCACCAACCACCUCGGUCACUUCCUCCUGUUUCAGCUCCUGAAGCCAACCCUUCUGGCAUCCUCAACCCCCGAAUUCAGCUCCCGCGUCGUAUCCGUCUCGUCGUCGGGCCACCGCCAGGGCAGGAUUCAGUUCGAGGACUUCAACUUUGACCACACCGUUGAGUACCAUCCCUGGACGGCCUACGGCCAGGCCAAGCUCGCCAACAUCCACUUCGCCAACGAGCUCGACCGCCGCUACGGCUCAAAGGGCCUCCACGCCCUGAGCCUCAUGCCGGGCGGCAUCCGGACGCCGCUGCAGAGGCACGUGCCCGAGCUCAUGGAGGCGCUCAACGACCCGGAGAUUGCCAAGUGGAUGAAGACGCCUGAGCAGGGCGCCGCGACGUCGGUCUGGGCCGCGGUCGCCAAAGAAUUGGAGGGAAAAGGUGGCAGGUACCUCGACGACGUCGCCGAGGCCGAGGAGGUCACACCCGAGGGCUGGGCGGCCAGGCCCGGGUACGCGCCGUCCGCCUACGAUCCCCCCACGGAGAAGAGGCUGUGGACCGAGAGCCUCAAGCUGGUCGGGCUCGAGGACGACGCGUGA